AGGACAGCCUGGGACACCGCGACGCAGUGAGCAGACGCGGGCGCACAUCCUCUUCGCCAGCAACUUGCUCCUAAAUGACAUGCAUAGGUAUGACGGCCAACGGAAGCACAUCAUACACUCUUUGUCGACCCUGUUGUACCAGUUGCAUACCCUCUCCUUCCUCCUCUCGCCUUCAGUCUGGAUCUUCCUGGGUCGACUCGUAUCCCAUUUCCACUUCUCCGGACCGCGCGACCUGGAUCCGACGAGGUCCCUGCGCUUCUGGUACAUCAUCAUCGUCGUCGUCAACUCGGGUGCGCUAUGGAACCACGCGAAGGAAGGGGCGGCGCAAGGCCGGUCGGUCGUACUGGACUUCGUCGGAAUGUCAUACGAGCCGUCAAGAGCCCACCUGCUUGCGCUCGACUUGUCCAUCGUCUUCCUCAGCAUGGUCCUCACAACAAUUGCAUACGAAACGUCGUAUGCAGCAGAAAUGCCACCUAAUACCCCGGACCCACUGCUACCACCAUCCACCACACCAGCGUCUCCGCUUCCAACCGGCGUACACGAAGACAUCAAGUCACCCUUUGUCAUUGACCUCCGACUCUCUACCAUGAUGGAACGUCUUCGACAUCCACCGCCUCCGCCACCGCCGAGGGACACGUCCGUCGAUGACUUGCUGCCAAUGCCCAACACUACGAGCUGGCGAUUGUCAAGUGGGCUGCAGAUGUUGCUGCGAGCACGGCAACAACAAAGACAGCGCGCGCGGGGCACAGCGACUGCGGCGCGACGACCGAGCGGAGAUGAAGGUGGGAGAGAGGACGACGACGAAGACGACGAUUCCAGACAGGAUGUUCCGGGCGGGUUACAUACGGAUCGUACUUGAUAUUUUAAUGGAUAUUGUCUAUUGCGCGAUCGACGAUGACACAGAGGUUCUGGUAUAGCUGCGAGUUUCCCCGUCGAACAUCGUGGACGAACGCGUGGGUCACCACUUCCGCUUCAUCGUCUCCCGAAGGCAUGCACCGAACUUUGCAAAUUCCUCCUUGCAUGCAUCCUUCCGCACGUCCGUAUACGUUGCCAGGAUGCAUUUCCCGUACGCGGAAGCUUGUGCAGAGCAUGUAGUGGUUGCAUGUCCAGCAAACCGGCGCAGAGGCGUCAACGUUGCUGCCGCCUGACUUGGAUUCGGGUGCAUCGUGUGUGGGGUGCUGUCUAUCUUCCCAUGCAAAGGGUACGAAUUGUGUGAGACGUAUAGACAGAAGAGUCAAUA